GGCACUUUAGAGUCUUAUCAGCUGUUAUGAAAUCGGCUUGUCAGUUUGUAUAAAAAAAAUAUAAUUAACACUGUUUUAUUCAUUAAGGUAAUGCGUUCGUGGGAAAUAAAGCGUUUCAAAGUUUGAUUCUUAUUUCAUUUUGCAUCAUGGAGUCAGAGAAGAACGGUGUUCCUUACUCACAAAGUGGCGACAAAGAGGAAGAUGAGAAACUACUGAAGCCAUUUACUUAUAUACUUCAAGUACCUGGAAAACAAAUUCGAGGAAAAUUAGCGCACGCUUUUAAUUUUUGGCUGAAAAUUGCCAAUGAAAAAAUUCUGGUAGUUGGUAAUAUUAUUCAAAUGCUUCACAAUUCAAGUCUUUUAGAUUUCUACAGGAUUGAUGAUAUUGAAGAUAACUCGAUUUUAAGAAGAGGAAUUCCUGUCGCACAUUCAAUUUAUGGAGUAGCUAGUACAAUCAAUGCUGCAAAUUAUGUUCUUUUUAUCGCUUUAGAAAAUGUUUUAUCAUUAAAUCAUCCUGAGGCGACUCAGGUGUUUACUGAACAGUUAAUGGAAUUACACCGCGGUCAAGGUAUGGAGAUUUAUUGGAGAGAUAAUUUUAUUUGUCCUUCGGAAGAUGAAUACAGAACUAUGACAAUUAGAAAGACUGGAGGUCUUUUUAAUCUUGCAGUAAGAUUGAUGCAACUUUUUUCCGAUUGUAAGGAAGAUUUUGCACCGUUAGCUGGAAUUUUGGGCCUGUAUUUCCAAAUUCGAGAUGAUUAUUGCAAUUUAUGUCUCCAAGAGUAUACAGAAAACAAAAGCUAUUGUGAGGAUCUUUCUGAGGGUAAAUUCAGUUUUCCUAUCAUACACGCAAUUAAAAAUCAACCUGAAGACGACCAAGUAUUGAAUAUUUUACGGCAACGAACGAAAAAAGUGGAAGUGAAAAGGUACUGCGUUAAUCUUCUAGAAAAAUUUGGUUCUUUUAAGUAUACGAGAAACGUUCUCUCGGAGCUUAAUGAGAAAGCAAGAAAAGAAAUAGAAAGGUUGGGUGGUAAUCCUUAUCUCAUUUCUCUUUUGGAUGAAUUACUUACCUGGAAUCGAGGUUAAAAUACAAUUUUUAGACUCAGCACAAAAAUUUAAGAAUCUUUUUCUAUUUAUAAUUGUCAAACAUAAUUUUUUGUUUAUAAUUAUAAAUAGAUUAUUCUUUGUGAUGUUGAAAAAUUAUAAAUUUUCUCAAUUUUUUAAAAAAUGAGAAGAACAAGUCUGUCAUUAGAUGCAUAUAAUAUAUAUUUAAAGGAGCUUUCGAUGUUUUGUUUAAAACAGACAAUAAUUAAUAUUUUUACUAUAUAAACAAAACGGGCUCCUAGUUACUACUUAUACAUUCAGGGUGGUUUUUUUUUUGUGUGUGUUAAUUUCCAUAUUUUUGAUAUUUCUUUGUUAUGAGAACUUAUUUUUUUUAUCUUACAACGACGAAUUAUUUUGUUUAUUGUUAAUAUUAUUAUCUAUUUUGGUAAGUAAUUUAAUAGGUAAAUUUAAAUAGAAUAUUAAUAUUAUUCUGUCAAAUGUAGAAAAAAUUAGAAUUUUUAGUAUACAGAAUUAUUUACUAAAUAAUAUUUAAUAGUCUAAUAAAAACAUAAUCAACGAAA